GCUCGCCUUGCGACGACCUCAAGACGUCCCCUCGAUAUGUACGCGAAUCGUCAAUUGGCCUACGCGCCGACUCCAUACGUCCCGCGACCAGCGCUCUCUGCUACGAUAAACCUCGACGAGGAAGUUAAGCUAUCCACAACCAGCACAGAACGUGACCUAUACGAUUCGCUCGCCGAGAUAUACAGCAUCAUCAUCACGCUUGACGCGCUUGAAAAGGCCUUCCUUAAAGAGUCCAUCACUGAGGGCGACUACACGGAGAGAUGCAGCAGGCUGCUGAAGCAAUACAAAUCGAACUUGGCUGAUGAGACAGUUGCGCGGGCGUUCGGCGACCUGGAGACUUUCAAGCGGGAAUGGAACAUGGAAUGCCCCCGUGCAACAGAGCGACUCCGAGUUGGUAUCCCGGCGACUGUCGAGCAAGGCCCCUCGCACAAAGCUGCCCAGCAAGGAUCAGACGCAGACGCGACUCUCGUCGUUGCAGCCACGGAGAACUUCAUCACUCUCCUCGACGCAAUCAAAAUUGGUCUCGUCGAGAAGGACACCCUUCAUCCACUUCUCGUAGAAAUCAUCCAGGCUGUGAAUAGGGUAACGGACAAGGACUUUGAGAGCAAGGGGAAGAUUGUGCAGUGGCUCAUCACACUCAAUCAGAUGAGGGCUGCCGAGAAGCUCAAUGAUGAUCAGGCUCGAGAGUUUCAAUUCGACAUGGAUUCAGCGUAUUAUGGCUUCAAGGCAACGCUGAAGAAGGACUGAAGCUCUCGAAAUGCUCUCCAACUGGCAUGCCCUCCAGGGCUGUGUACUUCAUCUUGUCACCUAAUGUGGAACAUUUUGGGGACAGAAAUUCGCAUCCUACUGACGAUCUCCCUUAAUCCAGCUAGAGGUUUAACGAUAGACUCCUCCCCGGUCAUGUUCCACGUUAUGUGGUAACAUGCUGGAUGGGGGUCACGAGAGAAGACGGCAGCGCACGAAGCAACCUGACAUCAAACGAUAGUAUUUUCAGCGCCCC